CAUUUCAUUCAUCAGCUGUUGUGUGUGUUUGUGUUCUCAAUCAAGUUUAAUUAUUGUUCAAAGGUUACCUCUAUGUUAUCAAUCAGUUUUUGUAUCCUGUUUGUUGCAUUUUAUUUUCAGUUGGUAGAUUUCCGGGUGUUUUGGAAUCCUUUCUUGUAAUUGUUUUGAAUCUGUAGUUUACCUAUUUACUAAUAACAUAUGUUAAAUAAAAAUGGAAUCAAAAAAAUCAAAAAACGUAGUACAUUCUGAAGUAAUAAGGACUGAUUAUUUUUCACUACCAAAAAGUCUCAAAAGAAAAUAUAUAACACCUUUCAUAAUUCUUGAUCAACAAAUAAAAAGGAAUUUAAUAAAUGGAGGAAUAAAAACCAGGCCUGUUAACAGCAAUGGCUUGUGGUGCUGUAGUCUUCUGCCAGCAAUUCUCUGCAUAUAUGCAUACUUUUAUAAAGUGUCACUGCUGUACAAAAUUGUAGCUUGUGUGUCCAUUGGCCUCUUAGUGUACUCCUGCCUGUUUAUACUGUUCCUGUCCGUGUCAUGUGUGGUGCUCAACUAUGACACAAUACAUGGAGGCUGCACUGCCUCUACAAUGGCUUCUGUUCUAUUAUUGUAUGUGUUUUUAGAACAAGAUCUAGCCUUCUCAAUCCUAUGCGCGUUCCCCACACUGCACCUCUACAACUUGUUACUACGAUUUUGUCUGUUGUCCCACCCAAAGACAUUUACAGUGGGCGAAGCGAUGCUCGUGUCUCAGGGGAUAUCCCUGCUCACCAUCACAAUACUGAUCAAAGUGUUCUAUGACAUCGGAGAGUCUGAUGAGGAAAUGGAAUUUAUUAAUACUAUUGUCAAUACAGUGUUGUCAACCGUGGGAUUGAUUGUUACAGCAUUAUAUUUGCUGACUGACGAGCAAAGGAACCUUGGGAACCUGAUCAAAAUUUUAUUAGUAGGGUUCAUAUUCACUCUGAUGAUACUGCAUUCCAUCAUCGGAGUGGGCUUUCUGCCUAAAAUUUUGUACUAUAUCUUCUUUGAUAAGAACAGGGUACAAAUAUUCACGUUCUGGCUGUCGCUGGUGGUGAUAGCGGUGGUGGUGCUGGUGUCGCGCACGCGGCUGGCGGUGAAGGCGAGUACGGUGACGCGCAAGGCCUUCCACGUGCUGGCCUCGCUGGUGUUCCUGUCGGGCCUCCUCCUGGACGUCAACCUCAUCACGUUGGCGUCCGGCAUCGGCCUUGCUCUCAUCAUUUUAAUUGAGGCUAUCAGGAAAUCUCAAAUAGAGCCGAUAUCAGGUGCCCUUCAAUCGGCGUUUGAUGUGUACAGCGAUGACAAGGACGUGGGCUCAUUCGCGAUGACGCCGAUAUACCUGUUCGCGGCGCUGGCGUGCCCGCUGGCGCUGGUGCCGGCGCACGCGGGCGCGCCACUGGAGCUGCUGGCCGGCGUGCUGGCCAUCGGCGUCGGCGACACCGCCGCCAGCUGGCUGGGCUCCAACUACGGCUUCUACAAGUGGAGGCAUGACAACAACAGAACUUUAGAAGGAACAGCCUUCAACAUAAUCUCGCAAAUAGGGACAGUCUACGCUUUACAAUUGUUCGAGCUGCUGUCAACCAACAACAUGAUAAUCCGCGCCAGCGUGGCGGCCGUGGCGUCGGGGCUGGUGGAGGCGCACACGGACCAGGUGGACAACCUCGUGCUGCCGCUCGUGUCGCUGCUGGCCUUCCAGGCCACCUACGUGCUGUGCUGACGUCCACGUACUGUGCUCUACGGUGUUGACAUUUGGCUUGUUCUAGAAGAAUUUCAUUCCCCUGCACAGCGAGGCAAACUUCUGGACAUUGCACCGAAAUCCUAAGAAAUACCCUUUAGAUUUUUGGUCCAAUGUCUAGAAGUCUGCCUCCCCGUUUAGGUGAUUUUUGAGGCCAGUCUUCACGAAUUAAACUUUUUGCGACUAGGGUGUCAUUUUGAAACUAUGUCCCCUUUGCACAGUAAUGAGGCACCAACUUUUAAAUAUUUUUUUAUAUAUAUUUAAUUAUUUCUAGAAUAUUACAAAAUUGUUAAACUUAAUCACAUUUUACCUGUAUUGUCACUUUUUAUUUAUACUUUGUAAAUAGAUGCCUUUGUAUUUAGAGUGACAAACCCUAAACAAAAAACGGCAAAAUUAAUUAUUGAAUUUAGACAAUACAUUCCAUUAAAACCAAAGAUACAUUGUUAUAUUGUUUUAAGGUGUAAUUAUUUUUUAUACUUUUGAUAAAAUAAAUGAAUAUAAACUUGCA